UGGCAAUCGCACGCUUUACUACGCCCUCCUCUUGGAAAUUCCACCUCGGCGGUUCGGCCUCAGUAGUCGUCCUAGUCACCAACCACCACCACCGCUGGCACCAACAAAAUGACCACUUCCACCACCGUGCAACCGCCAGGUCUAGCUGUGGACAUCCUACCAUUCGUAGACAUGACAACGCUCUCCCAAUCAGAGCUCCGCACCCUCUCCCGCUGUUCUUCUUCCUUCUUCGAACCCCGCCGCACUGACGACACCAGAACAAUCACCAUAGACCCCGCAAGCUUCAAUGAGAGUGCUGGCUCACGCCGCCAAACCUACUCCCGCCUUUCAUCCCACCACCAUCACCAUCGACACCGCCUGGCUGGUCUUCUUCCCAAAACCCCUAAUCCGCCUAGCCCUACUCCUCUUCCCUCCAACGAUCCAUCCACUGACACGGACCACCUUGAAAAUCACUCCAUCAUUGGUUUCCUCAAACAAUUCCUUUCCACACACCCCGAAUUUCAGCAAUUGGAUUUAGUAGAUUUCGAUAGUUUUAGCCAUCUGAACGAUGCUAUAAAUUUCAAUUCUAAUCCACCACCACUAGCGGCAGUAGUAGAAGCGCCUGUUGUGAAUGGGAACUUCGUAAUUGGGGAAAGGAAGAGGAAAAGAGGAAGGAAGCCAAAAGUGAAAGUAUUAAGUGAGAGGGCAAUGGGGGCAGAGAUUGUGAACAAGAAUGGGGUUGUGGUGGAUUUGGUGGGGUUGUCGAGUUUGGAGGAGCCAUUCAUGGAGGAAUUGAGGAGGAGAACGGAAGGGAUGGACAAAGAGGAGGAGUUGUUGGGAUUUUUAAGGGACAUUGGAGGCCAGUGGUGUAGCAGAAGAAGGAAGAGGAGGAUUGUAGAUGCUAGCGAGUUUGGUGACAUCUUGCCUGUAGAUUGGAAGCUCCUACUAGGGCUCAAAAGGAAAGAAGGCCGUACUUGGGUUUAUUGCCGCAGAUACAUAAGCCCUGGUGGACAACAAUUUGUAUCCUGUAAGGAAGUUGCUGCAUACUUGCAAUCAAUUUUUGGAUCUUAUGAUGCUAGACCAUUGAAGGAUCAUGCAGGUGACAUUAUACAGCAGGUCCACAGACUAGCCUCUGAAAGUCAGCAUGCAGGUGCAAACAAGAAGGAUGAAGAUCAGAGCCAAGCUAGUGAACGCGAGAAGGCUGUCGCCUUGCUGGGAAUUGACAAUUUGGAGUUGGCAGAGGUUCAAAUACAUGAUCUUUUUGAAUGCCACAAAUGUAACAUGACAUUUGAUGAAAAGGAUACAUAUUUACAGCACCUUUUGUCAUUUCACCAAAGGACUACAAGGAGGUAUAGACUUGGUUCUUCUGUUGGUGAUGGUGUAAUAGUGAAAGAUGGAAAAUAUGAAUGCCAGUUUUGCCAUAAGGUAUUUCAUGAAAGGCGACGGUAUAAUGGUCAUGUAGGAAUCCAUGUGAGGAAUUAUGUGAGGGGGAUAGAAGAAUCACCUAUUAGCAGGAUGGCUUUGCAAAAGAGAAGCGACUCUCCAAACAAAGAUGAAUUGCCUACAAGAAUCUCCAAAAUGGAUGCUUUGAUUGAAAUAGCUCAGAAUUCCAUUCGUGAAACAUCUUCUUCUGGUCCUAAUGGUGAAUCCAAUGGUGGUUUUACUUCUAAUAAACAGAAUCUGGUUCCUAAUGCAGAACUUCUAGCUUCAGUUUCUGAUCAUGAAUUGAAAUCUGAUUCUUCUCUCAGUGAACCAGAAAUAGAAUGUGAAUAUCAGGAAUUGGAGUUAAGUCAGAAAAAAAGUGAUCAUAUGAUUGAUGAUGUUAGCAAUGUCCUAGAUGUUGAGAUAGACUCUUUGUUUGCUAAUGAGCAACAUAGUAAAGCGCUUGCUGGAACAGAUCGUCUGGCAGCGUUCACUGAUGUAAUUGAUAGUUCUUUCAUUGAGCAGGAAAGAGGUUCUGAACAUUGCUCCCUUGUGCCGGUGAGUGAUCAGAAAAUUUGUAGCAUUGAGAAUAAUGUCAAUUUGGUUGGCACAGACAAACAAGACAAUCAUAAGACUGACAAAGUGGAUAAAAUGGGUAGUAUAGAGGUCGAAAUUGGCUUUGUAAGCAAUAAGAGGGAGGCAGAUGUUACUAGUAUACAAGAAAAUGUACAGGAAUCUUUCAAAGAAGAUGAGCUUCAGCAUGGGGUUCCAGAACCACCUGUAUCCCUAUUGCAACCAUCCGAUGGUUUUUCAGUGCCCAAUGUGAGCUUGGAUAAGGGAGCGACCGAAUUUAGUAUGAUAGACCAGGGGCAUCAGAAAAUAGCAGGAUUUGAGGAGUUGAAAUUGGAGGAAAUUGAAGAACUAAAGUAUAGUUCUGGGACCGGGCAACUACCUAUUUCUCUGCCAGAGGUACCAAUAAAUAUGGAAAAUAAUACUGAGAUGGAAGGGUCAUAUGAUGCCUCAGUUAAGUUUGAACCAAAGAUUGUAGAUACAGCUGGUGGACAACAGCUUAUGACUGUUUGUGUAUGGUGUGGAGUUGAGUUCAGCCAUGAGGCUGUAGAUACUGAAAUGCAAUCAGAUUCAGUUGGUUAUAUGUGUCCAACCUGCAAGGCAAGAAUUUCUGGGCAACUAAAUGUGUUGGGUGGUGAUUGCUCAUGAAUUCUUCAGGUUGCUGAUCGUUUUGCAGACUGUUAAUAUGUGUACCCAUUUUACAUUGGCAGCUGAAGCUGAUGGAAGAUGUUUGUAGCGGCCAAGAACUGCUGAAAUUUUGCAGCAAGAAAGUUGACCAAUUGUAUUUUUAUAAGAAUGAGCAUGUAAGUACGUCCUUGCUGGUGAUAACUUCUUAAUUGUUGGGUUGAUGGAUAUUUCAUCAUUGUAUCUGUAGAGACAGACAGUGAGGCUAGUUCGAUGUGCACGGUUAUGUAUCAAAAUACGUUUGCAGUCUUUACUGAGCAGUUUCCUUUUCUUU